AGGGAAGAGAGGGAAGUCAAAAUGGAGCCGGCAACGUUGGAGCAGUCGGCCACAGUGGAUGAACUGGUGGAAGCCUGCAUCAACGCUUUUGAUGAGGAGGGGGCAGUAAAGGACUCGUCAGUAGUGCGGAUGUUUCUGAUGAUGCACCCCUGGUACCUCCCCUCAACCGACCUGGCCAAGAAACUACACGCCAAAUCCGAAGAGGAGUCGUGCACAGAUGAAGUCAAGUCCAAGAUCUGCCAUCUCGUCAAGUAUUGGAUCAGUGAGUUUCCAGUAGAGUUUGACUUGUGUCCAGCGCUGGCAGAUGAGAUCAGGGGGCUGAGGGACAAACUCAGCAAUGAGGACGCCACACAACAGCAGAGUCAACUCAUAGAUGUGGAGAGUGUGCCAUCGUAUAAGUGGAAGCGCCAGGUGACCCAGCGAGUUCCCUCCAUGUCUAAGAAGAGGAAGAUGUCCCUGCUAUUCGAUCACCUGGACUCCUGCGAACUAGCUGAACACCUCACAUACCUGGAAUACAAGUCAUUCUGCAAGAUACUGUUUCAGGACUACCAUAGUUUCGUGAUGCACGGCUGUACGGUUGACAACCCCAUUCUGGAGCGCUUCAUCACACUCUUCAACAGCGUUUCCCAGUGGAUCCAACUCAUGGUGCUCAGCAAACCCACAGCGCCACAGAGAGCCGUCGUCAUAUCACACUUCAUACAGGUCGCACAGAAAUUGCUCCAGCUGCAGAACUUCAACACCCUGAUGGCCGUGGUGGGAGGACUCAGCAACAGCUCCAUCUCCAGACUGAAGGACACACAGAGUCACAUCAGCAGCGACACCAACAAGGCCUUCAACAGUCUAAUAGAGCUGGUCUCCUCCUGUGGCAACUAUAGUCAGUAUCGGCGUCGCUUCUCCGACUGCUCCGGGUUCAGGUUCCCCAUCCUGGGAGUUCACCUCAAAGACCUCAUCGCAGUGCAGGUGGCGCUACCAGACUGGGCCGAUAAAGAGAAGAGUCGAGUGAACCUGAACAAGACACAUCAGCUCUACGCCAUACUGCAGGAGCUAGCACUCAUCCAGACCAGCCCUCCCAGAAUAGAGGCCAACCCAGAUCUCCUCAACUUACUCACGGUUUCUCUGGAUCAGUAUCAUACAGAAGAGGAGAUCUAUCAGAUGUCUCUACAGAGAGAACCACGCAAACCCUCCAACUCCAACUCGGCCCCUGCCCCCGCCCCCACCCCUAAGCCCUCCUCCUUGAUGGAUGAAUGGGCCGCAUCAGUGAAGCCCAAAGCUGACCCCGCCAUCAUCACCAAGCACAUACACAAAAUGGUGGACUCGGUGUUUAAGAACUUCGAUACGGACGGGGAUGGCUACAUAUCUCAGGAGGAGUUCGAGAGCAUUCAGAAUAACUUCCCGUACCUCAGCAAGUUCGGAGAACUCGACCAAAACCAGGAUGGUAAGAUCAGUCGUGAGGAGAUGGUUGACUACUUUAUGAAGGCCAGCUCACUACUGAACUGCAAGAUGGGCUUCAUCCACACCUUCACAGAGGCCACCUACGUCAAGCCAACCUUCUGUGAACACUGCGCUGGCUUUAUAUGGGGCUUCUACAAGCAAGGCUACAAGUGCAAAGUGUGUGGUGUGAAUUGCCACAAGGCGUGCCGCAUGCGUCUGGCUGUGGAGUGUCGCAAGAGAGCGAAGAGCAUCAGUCACGAGACUCCGCCCGCUCUACAGGCUCGAUCCAUGAGCUACCCCCCGCCCUCCAACACACACACACACAACCUGCAGAACACAGUCAUCGCUGAAGAGGACAUCGAGACAGUGGAGGAAGGUGUGUUUGAUGUGCACUUAUAGCAAGACCUGGGCCAGCUGAGGACAUGAAAGAGAACGAAUCUCAAAUCUCCACCAUCAUCUCAGACCAGCUGAGGACAUGAAAGAGGACAAAUCUCCGAAUCUCACCCAUCAUAUCAGACCUACACUGGGUUGCCAGAUGGGAAAAACAGCCCAAUCUGGCAACACUGGACCUACACAGUAAAUGUUGUGGUGUUAAUUCAACACUUAUAGAGUUCAUUUAAGUCCACAAAUGAUGUUAAAUCAACUCUGCAAGUGAUAAAUGAGCACUGCUGAAUUUACUGUGUACAAGCAUUACCACAAACACACAUACGUAUCACACAUACAAAUCGUAUAGAUAGGUUUUCCGUUUAUAAACAUUCGCGAUGUGAGGAGGGGGAGGGGCAAGAUGCUAAGCAGCCAACCACGUCAGCACAUUUUUGGAGUGACAGCAGUGUCCAGCAAUCAGAGGUUGAAGAGUGUGCAGCCAGAGCCGCUCAGCCAGGUAUUGUUUACAAACGGGAACCAGUGUUGCCAAAAGAAAAUCA